AUGUCAAAGAAACGCAUCGUGAUUAUCGGUGCUGGCGUAUCAGGCCUAACAACAGCUGUUCAACUGUUAAAACAAAAAAAAGGUUACCAUGUAACUAUAGCUGCAAAACACUUUCCCGGAGAACUAACUGGGGAAUAUACUAGUCCAUGGGCUGGGGCGAAUUGGCGAAGUUUAGCUUCAAUCACCGACAAACGACAACAAGAAUUCGAUAAAAAAACGUUAAUUUAUUUUUUUGAAUUAGUUAAAGCAAAACCUAUAGAAGAAACUGGGGUCAUGAAUGUUGAUGGAUUUGAGUAUUGGGAUGAGCUUCCCGGAAAAAAUUUUAUUGAACCUUGGUUUUCAAAUUUUUGUCCGGGAUAUCGUCAUUUACGAAAAGAAGAAUUACCAGAUGGUGUAAAAUUCGGUGUUACGUUUAAAACGGUCACUAUUAAUCCUUCUGUUUAUCUUAAAUUCUUGUUGAACACUUUCCUCGCUUUGGGUGGAAAUAUAGAACGCAAAGAAUUUUUGCAUUUACAAGAUGCAAUUCUCGCCAAUACGGAUAUUGUGAUUAAUUGUACUGGGCUACAUUCUAGAACGUUGGGUGGGGUACAAGAUACGAACGUAUAUGCUGUACGAGGUCAAACCGUGGUUGUUGAGCUACCACCGAAACACGUAACAUGGACUUUUGCGCGGAAUCAGCUAUUAACAGAUCCAAUUGGCACCUAUGUGAUCCCACGUAAUAACGGUGAAGUUAUUCUAGGUGGCACAUAUAUCGAAAACGAUUAUACAACAAUCCCGGAUCCUAUAAUUGCCGAAUCAAUAAUAAGACGAUGUUUGACUACUCGACCCGACCUUUUACCUGUUGGUCAAAAAGAAUUAAAGAUUAAAAGACAUGGAGUUGGAUUGAGACCUGUUCGGAAAGGUGGGAUUCGGAUCGAAGCCGAAUGGAUAAAUUCUUCAUUAGAUGGUAGUAAGAGAGUUUUAGUGUGCCAUAAUUAUGGGCAUGGCGGAUAUGGCUAUCAGUCUAGCUAUGGUGCAGCAUUGUAUUUAAUUGAGAUAAUGGAAAAAUCUUUGAAUAUUGAAAGGAGGAAGGCAUUGAAGCUUUAA